AUGACUUUACAGUCCUUACAUAACCCCCUAUCCUCCUUCCUAAGCAGCAGAAAGUCAUUCUGGGUCUUGGCUAUCGCUCUUCGGAAGGUGCUGGAGCACCAAAAGUUUGCUAUAGGUCCGCCCCUGCCUUCUGGUGUUGUUGUUUUGAUUGUUAGUGGUGGUGGUGGUGCAACGGUGGUGGCAGAGAAGGAGGAGUGGCAGAUCCAAGAUUUAGGGGUCAUGGGUGCACGGAAGGUUCAAACACAGAUAUUGACGUCAAAAACUUUAAGAUGCCGGAGCUCAAAAAGUUUGGUUAUAGGUCUGCCCUUGCCUUCCGGUGUUGGUUUUGGUGGUGUUGUGGUUGCUAGUGGUGGUGGUGGUGCAACGAUGGCGGAGAAAGAGGAGAAAUGCUUAGAUAUACUUGCUUUGAGUUACAGAAACUUGCCACAUCACUUGAAAGCUUGUUUCAUUUAUAUUUGUGCAUUUCCAGCAGAGACUGCGAUCCGUGUCCAGCCAUUGGUAAAACUAUGGAUCGCUGAGGGGUUUCUAACUACAGGAAAGCAAAAGAUUUUGGAAAACUAUGCAGAAGAAUGUUUGGAAGAUCUUGUGAAUCGAAGUCUCGUUAUUGUCAAACAGCGGAAAUCCAAUGGUCGAGUCAAAAGUUGUGCUGUACAUGAUCUUCUGAGAGACUUUGGCUUGAGAGAAGCUCAAAGGGAGAAUUUUUUUCAUUUCCCUGAAUUCUUUGCCACAGCCGAUACUCUGAACUGUGGUCGUCGUCUCAGUUACUAUAGGGCUGCCUCUAUUGAAGUUCCCUGGAAGCCACUGCUUCCCCUCUCCCGAACUUUACUCCUUUUUGGUUAUCCAAGAUCUCUGCCACGCUCACAGUUGCUUGGUCCUUUACAAUAUAAAUUGUUGAGAGUAUUGCGCAUAUUACAUGUUACCUUCAAUUUUUUCCCUCCUCAAGUUUUGCAGCUGGUUCAUUUAAGGUAUCUUGCUCUAACAGUCAAGGAACCCGAAUGCCCUGAAUCGAUUUCAAGGCUGUGGAACUUACAGACCUUCAUUUUGGCUACACGUGGAGUCUUGAAUCUGCCUAAAACUGUAUGGGAAAUGGACAACUUAAGGCAUGUAUGUUUGGGCAACGGAUGUUUUUUACCGAAUCCCAUGUCUAGCUUCAAUGGUUGUAAGGUUUUAACAAAUCUACAAACAAUAACCUAUAUGGACAUAACGAGUUGUACAAGAGAAGUCGCCGAGAAUAUUCCCAAUCUCAAGAAAUUGGCAAUACGAGGACGAAGAGAAUGGGAUAGCAGUCAGCCAUCAUCCUAUGUUCUCGAUAGUCUUUUCUACUUGAAGCAGCUCGAAAAGUUGAAGCUUCGCUACCACAACUUGUCGAGCAUGGAUUUUUGCCCGUCAAACCUCAAGAAGUUGGUUCUGAAUCGGUGUUCUUUUUCAUGUGGAUUUACGAGCUCUCUUUGUAUGUUACCUAAUCUUGAGAUUCUUAAACUAGAGCAUGUACAAUUUGAGCAACACAGUUGGAAUCUGACCGAAGAAGUGUUCAGUAACUUGAAGUACCUAAAAAAAGUGUCUUCUUACCUCAGGGUAUGGAACGCUAGCGAGGUAAACUUUCCAAAGCUUGAACAUCUAGUUCUAAAACGCUGUUACCUAGAGAGUAUCCCUCAUGAAAUAGGUAACAUUUAUACAUUACAACGCAUUGAGGUGCACUCGUGUUCUGUGGUUGUUGAAAUAUCUGUUCGAAGAGUACAGGAGGAACAGAAGAAUAUGGGAAAUGACAGCCUCAAUGUUUCUAUCUCGCAGAAGGGCAGCCUCAAAAAUUCUAUCCCAAACGCGACCUUGGGCCUCAAAAAUUCUAUCCCAAACGCGACCUUGGACUUUCUUCGUCGCAAUUGGUAUUGGAGUACACUGGAUUUUGAAGAAGAACCCUUUGUUUACAGGAACGAUAUGUUAUGUUGCGAUCCCAAUGGUUCUCCGUGA